AGCUGGCAAACCGGUCUUGACAGUCUGGUUUCUUCCCUCACUUCUCUUCUUUUAAGCCCUUCCUUUCUUUCUCAAUUUCUCUGUUCAUCUCGCUCUCACUCUUUCUCUUCUUCAGAUUCUUUCUUUUCUCUCGUCAUUCUUUUUCUUUUUAAUUAUUUUCUAGACCUUCAUCAGAACAUCAUAAAUCUUUUACCAUGGCUGAGGAGACCCAGAAGCCGGCUGCACCAGAGGCACCAUCAACAACAACAACAACAACAACUGAGGAAGUAGUGGUGGUGGAGAAGCCUGUUACUGAGAAAGAACCAGUGCCUGCACCAGAACCUGAGCCAGAAGCACCGGAAAAGCCAGCACCUGCGGAAGAGGUAGCUAUUGAAGAAGCUGUUGUUGAAGCAAUGAAAGGGGAGGACAAACCGAAGGAGGGAACUGAGGAAGUGAAGAUUUCUCAAUCUGUGUCUUUCAAGGAGGAAACGAACGUUGUUGGUGAAUUACCUGAAGCUCAAAAGAAAGCUCUUGAUGAGUUUAAACAACUUAUUCAAGAAGCUCUUAAUAAGCAUGAGUUCACUGCUCCACCACCGCCACCAUCUCCUGUUAAAGAGGAGGAGAAGAAGGUGGCUGAGCCUGAAAAAACUGAAGAGCCAAAGGUUGAAGAGAAAACUACCUCUGAUGCUCCGUCAACUAGCGAAGAACCUAAACCUGUGGGGGCUGAGAGUGAGACUGCAGCCCCGCCGCCUCCUGUGAUGGAAGUGAAAGAGGAGGAAAAGGUGGUUGAAGAGAAAAAAGAGGAGAAAGUCGAAGAAAAAGUUGAUGUGAAGGAGGAAACGAAGGAGGCGGCACCAGUUGUUGUCGCGGAAGAGGUUGUUGUCUCGAAGAUUUCUACUGUGGAUGAGGACGGAGCCAAGACAGUAGAGGCUAUUGAGGAAACCGUAGUAGCUGUUUCUGCUCCUCCUGCUGCUGUGGAAGAGCCAGCCGCACCAGCAAAAGAAGCUGAGGCAGCUCCCGUAGAGGAGACCAAAGCAGAGGAGACUCCUGCACCACCACCACCGCCACCAGAGGAAGUUUUCAUCUGGGGAAUUCCAAUUCUUGGAGAUGAAAAGAGUGAUGUGAUCCUCUUGAAAUUCCUGAGAGCUAGGGAUUUCAAGGUUAAGGAUGCUUUCACUAUGAUCAAGAACACUGUACGCUGGAGAAAAGAGUUUGGAAUCGAUGCUUUGCUAGAAGAAGACCUUGGAAAUGAAUUGGAGAAAGCUGUGUUUAUGCACGGAUUUGAUACGGAAGGUCACCCUGUCUGCUAUAAUGUUUUUGGAGCUUUCCAGGAGAAGGAAUUGUAUCAGAAUUGCUUUGCCGAUGAGGAGAAGCGUGUGAAAUUCUUGCGAUGGAGGAUUCAGUUCUUGGAGAAGAGUAUCAGAAAGCUUGAUUUCAGCCCUAAUGGUAUUUGCACAAUAGUUCAGGUCAAUGAUCUCAAGAAUUCUCCUGGACCUGCUAAGAGGGAGCUGAGGCAGGCCACUAAUCAAGCACUUGCUAUACUUCAAGAUAACUAUCCUGAAUUUGUGGCCAAACAGGUAUUCAUCAAUGUUCCAUGGUGGUACCUUGCAUUUAAUAGGAUGAUCAGUCCUUUCCUGACACAAAGGACCAAGAGCAAAUUUGUAUUUGCUGGUCCAUCCAAAUCUGCAGAGACCCUUUUCAAGUACGUAGCUGCUGAGCAAGUGCCAGUUCAAUAUGGUGGACUAAGCAGGGAAGGUGUUCAAGAAUUCAGUGUCAGUGACGCUGUCACUGAGGUUACAAUUAAGCCAGCAACAAAACACACUGUUGAGUUCUCAUUUUCUGAGAGAUGCCUUCUGGUUUGGGAACUCAGAGUUGUGGGUUGGGAUGUGAGCUAUGGAGCUGAGUUCGUGCCAAGCGCAGAUGAUGGUUACACUGUUAUUGUAUCAAAAGCAAGAAAGGUUAGCCCAAGCGAUGAGCCUGUUAUCUGCGACACAUUCAAGAUUAGCGAACCCGGCAAGGUAGUGCUCACCAUUGAUAACCAAACUUCCAAGAAGAAGAAGCUUCUCUAUAGGUCCAAGACCAAACCCCUCUCUGAAUAAGCUUUCAAUAAUCAAUGGAUGGAAUUGGAAUUGCAGAAAUAAGGAAGGAAGGAAGGAAGGAAGGAAGAAAGGAAGAAGGGUCUUUUGUUCUUGGAAGAAGAAAAAACAACUGGGGUUUUUGUUUUUCUUGUUUAAAUUUAAUUUUGUUCUAUAAAAGUCUGGGGCAUUUAUUUAUAAUUUUUUAUUAGUUUAUUUUUCUUUUCUUGGGGGGGUUUAUUUUUGUUAUUUGGUGUUUGAUUGGAUACAGAAUUACUGGUAAAAAAAAAAAAAGAAAAUGUCUUGGAUGCAUUGGGAAGACACAGUUGAGGUACUAUGUAUUGUGGGAUAUGAAUGUGUGUAAUGUGUCUCCAAUGUGCACAGUAUCUAUGUUUAUCAUUCUUGAAUCUUGAUACUCUUGCCUGUAAAAUUUGUGUAAAUUUGAUGGUGUAAAACUUUAUUUUAAUCUUCUUA